AUGAGAAAAAGAACGAUGAUGAUGGUUCUGCAUAAUUUGACUCGUAUGCUUCCGGGACUCCACCAAACAACCCAUCGAUUAGCACAAAUUAUCCUUUCGUUCCGUUUCCAGGUGUUUAGCCAGAAGGAGGAAGGUUCGAGGCUGAAAAUUUCAAUCGAGGCCAUCGAGAACAAAGUCGGUCAGUCACAACGUGUUAAGCUUUUUUCGACUAUCAUUCGCAAUGAGGCCCCAUAUAGGAGGGAUCAUUAUUACCUUGCGAAUAAGCAAAUUGAUCGAACUCGAGCUUCCAAAGCUUGCGACGAGUUGGGUGUGGCUACAUAUAGUAUGAGCAUGAAAAUUGUAGCGUAUCAUUAUCAAAGGGGCGAAUGCGUGCACCGAAAGAUGACGCCAUUUAUUAAAUGUGAGGUUGCAUUUUCCUAUCAGGAUGCAGGAUGA